UAGCAUUCCUUGCAGAUCGCAAUGCUCAGUAGUCAACUGGGUUGUCAAAGACAUAGCGCUACUCGUAUUCCGCAGCGUGCCUUGUGAAAUCCUCGGCUUCUUUACUCUUAAAGUAGAAAUUGUGCACCUUGCUUUUUAUUUACUGCAGUUGUUCUAACAUUCUAUCAUGUCGUGGCUGCAGCGCUUUACAGUUAGCCGUGACAAACCCAAGCAACCAUGCACUAUUCCUACAAAGUCGGCGCUGUACAGUAACCGUACACGGAGCGUCACCUUUGCCUAUCAGAUUCCCACGGCCCAGUUUGUGGGAGGUCGGUCGCCCAACGACACUGCCUACGGACGGAGCCAUUGGGUGUUCGCAGCAGACUUUCUGGUGGAGAAACAGUGGGACUAUCCGGAGAUUCCCCAGUCAGCGUGGACCGUCACCGUGGAAGUUCCCACCGAGUAUGCUACCAAUCAUCCGCAUAUGCUGUUUAGUGAUGGAUACGCCCCACGGGCCAAAGUGACCCCCAAGGAUGAUUACAAUGAACUGAACAGCCCUGCUGAAAUCGUGGUGGAAGGAAAAGUUUGUGCUACCGAAAACGACCCGUCCACCUGCACCACUAUCACCAUUGGACCGACUGGAUGGGCGUAUUCUGCAGCUGUUCUGGACGAAAUCAAACUAGCACACCUGGUGUGCUGUAAAACAGCUGUCGAUGAGCAAGGCGUCAGUCGCCCGUACCCGGCAUUAAUGGACGGAUCCGUCCACGUCAAACUGACUUUUCGCGUCCAGCAGCACGAGCGCAACGAUCUGCAGCGUCUGCUUGAUUCCGGCUUAAUGACCGAUUGUACGCUGGUUUCUACGGAUGGCCGCAAGUUUCCAGUGCAUCGCGCCAUCUUGGCCGUACAGUCGCCGAUGCUGACCGAACUACUACAGAACCACAAGAACGAUAAAGGCGCGGGUCUGUUGGGCGCUGUGGAGGCUGAUGGGGGAUUGGUGGAAAUUCUUGUCCGGUUUGCUUAUACACGGGAUUUGCUGCACACCGCCGAUGGGAGACUGGAGGAGUUGUGGAUGCUGGCGGAGAAGUUUGAGAUGAAAGAGCUGUGCGCGGCAUGUGAAUGUCGAAUGAUGGGUGGCGUUGAUGAAAGCAACGCCAUGCGCUACUAUGCGUUCGCUCGGAAAUUUGGUUUGGCAAAACUGCAGCAAAGCGUGGGGAAAUAUAUCGCGAAGAAUCCAAUGGGCGUUUAACAGAGCGACGUCGUCGUAAACCUUUUAAUAUUUUUUCGUUCUGAAUAAUGAAUGCUCUAGCACAAGUCGCACUUCUUUGCUUAUGUAAUCGUAACAAUGUGGUACGUCACGGUUUGGCUUUACCGGUUCUCAGUCCAAAGUAUUUACUUGUAUCGAAGUACUUCUCUUUACUUUACCUUUGCAUUCAAAAUACUGUUCUCAAUAACUGAUAGCUAACAAUUUUG